AUGGCUGACACUGACAAGAUUCGAUGCAUUGUCACUCCGACCGAUGUCAUGGAUCCGGACAUGAUCGCGGCGGUUGAAGCCUAUCUCAAGGAUAUAACCCAGCAGCCCGCUAUCUAUUCCUACGUUUCACGCCCACAGAACAUAUUCAAAUGGUGGGUCGUCCACCUCACCAGCUCUCAAAUCGAGGAAGUGCAGAAUCACAAAGACAUUGCGUACGCAGCGCCAUCGAUGCCAAUGAUGCCCAACUAG